UCCAGGAAGAACUCCCAGGAGGUUGACUUGACUUGAGGUCCACCAGGGAACCUUGAGGAUAAGGAUGAAUUCUGAAGAUUGUUCCAUAACAGAGAAGAGCUCUCUGAAUCUGGAGAAAGGACAAAAAAGAAAUGCCACCAGCCUCCAUUAUGAAACACAUCAUGAAGGGUCUCUUCAAGUUCCUAUUCCAUGUGCUGUAAUGAAUGUGGUCUUCAUCACCAUUUUAAUCAUAGCUCUCGUCACCUUAUCAGUGGGCCAAUAUAAUUGUCCAGGGCAAUAUAAGUUCCCAGUGCCUUCAGACACCCAUGAUCCUUCAUGCUCAGAAGAGUGGGUUGUGUACCAGAGGAAAUGCUACUUUAUUUCCACCACAACAAAGAGCUGGAUUUUGGCAAAAAACUCUUGUUCCAAAGAUGGUGCUACUCUUGCUGUCAUUGAAUCUGAAAAGGACAUGAACUUCCUGAAACGAUAUGUGGGAGGAGCUGAACACUGGAUUGGGCUGAACAAUGAAGACGGUCAGAAAUGGAAAUGGUCAGAUGGCAGAGUUCACAACUGGUUCAACCUGACAGGGUCUGAGAAGUGUGCAUUUCUGAACAGCACAGAUAUCAGCAGUGCAGAAUGUGAGAGGAAUUUACCCUGGGUCUGCAGCAAACCCUUCAGAUAAUGAGCAAGCAUAUUCACUCAAACCAUUGUUGCUGGAACUAAAGGAAAGUUGUGUCAAAUGAUGCUACUUUGUGUCAGAUGUCCACAAAGACAUGGUGAACAAACUUUUAUAAAUAUGUCUUUGGAACAAAAUGGAGAGAAAUUCCAGGAAAAAUCUGCAUUGUGGACUCCUUCUUCUGUGAGCUGAAAAUAUUGCAGGUUGAUUGACAGUCAUGUCCCAAGAAUAAGAAGAAUGACUAUUAAACUUUUCAAAUGCACUUUAUGUACUCAAGUCCAGAAGUAACAAUAGGUUAGGAAUUAUUAUUUAUUGUUGAAUGACUACGAACAAUGAGUGUCCUUCCUGCAUUUGCGCUGCUUGAAAAAGCUGAUGGUGGAGGCAAAAGGUGAAUGUAAACAAAUGGAAUUUUGACUAGGAAUGGAUAUUUGGUAUAAAUGAAUUUCUUAAACUUAGCAUUUAUAAGUGAACAUGUUUAUGAAACUAAACUGUGUAAUAUUUUCCUCUGUUCGGAGGCCUUUGCCAGGUUACUUUGUCAUAUUUAUCCCCAAAAGAAUAGCAUUUGUCUUUCUUUUUUUUUUUAAACUUCCUCAAUUGUAGGCAGGUAUUUGUCAAUGGUACAAAUUUCUUUGCCUUUAAAAUUAUUCACAUGGUGUUUUUUGAAGAAAAGAAAAAAACAAAAACUAUGAAGAAUAUUUGUAAAACAGACAAAAAUGUUGAAAAAUGUGCAAUAUAAGGGGUGGCAAAUCUCUAUCAGUAAAUACUCUGUAUUUUUCAAACUUGGAAUAAUACUAGUCUCUUCUGGUAAUAAGAUUGUGCCUUUCCUAAUCAGCUUUGUCAUGUGCACUACUUCAUGUGAAGCAUUUUCUGUGCAAUGAAGUAUGUUUGUUUGUUUGUAUUUUGUGUUCAACACAAUUAUAAGCUCCUUUAUUGUAUGUGAAAAUAAAAAUAGAAUCAACACCAUGGGUUCCAAGAAGUGUUCAAAUAUUAAAGUGUUCAUAUAUUAAACAUCAUAUGCCAUAUUAGAAAGCAGAAAACAUAAUACUAUGAUUUUCCAAAAUUCCUGUUUAGAGUAAAGUCUUACUUAGUUUUAUAGCAUUUGUAAUACCUUUUAAGUUAUUUUUUAUACCCAUGUUUUCUAAAGGACUGUAUCCAUUUUUCUUUGUAUUGCAGAUGCUUGGUAACAUUUAGUCCUCAUAAACAAUGGUUUAAAAUAUCUUAUAAGUUCUGAGGUGCUAUAUAUAUUAAUUAUAUACACCAAAUAAUUAAUUAAACAGAAUGGGAUACUGCAUGAUAUCCGUGGGCUAUUUCAAUCAGGAACAAAUUGAACUACUUUCCUUAUUGUUUUACAAAUGUAUUUUUCAAUAUUUUUUUCUGAACAUUGGACAUAUAUGAUAUUCAUGGUAUCUUUAACCUGUUGUCACCACCAAUGGCAUAUAGAAAAGAAAUAUGGAUUUAAAAUACUUCUUAGUAAAAAAUAUAGAUGAAUUUCUUGA